AUGCAUUUAUGGAAAUCAUUAUCACAAUCAAAUAAAGAUAUUAGAAUUCUUUGGGGGUCAGUUUUCCUAAGAAUGGCAAAUUAUGGAUUAACAAAUCAAGUAUUAACCUUAUAUUUAAAAUCUUUAAAUAUUAAUGAAACCAAAAUAGGAUUAUUUAUGACAUUGACUUUAAUUGGUGAUACAAUUAUAUCAUAUUAUCUUACUUGGAAUGCUGAUGAAAAAAUCGGUAGACGGAAUGUAAUGAUUUUAGGUACCAUAAUGAUGUUUUUUCUGGGUAUUGUGUUUGGAUUAAAUAUUCAAGUUGAUAACAAUAAUAAUAAUAAUAAUAUGGAGGUGCAUUUUUAUAUAUUAUUGAUGGCGGCGAUAUUUGGAGUUAUAUCACCAAGUGGUGAUGAAACAGGACCAUUUAAAUCUGUGGAAGAAGCAAGUAUUGCUCAUUUGACACCUCAUAAUCAUCGACCGGAAAUAUUUGCCUUUUAUGGAUUAUUUGCUACUGCUGGUGCUGCCAUAGGAUCAUUAUUAUGUGGAAUAUUAGUUGAUUAUUGGAAUUUAACCAUGGGGGUGGAUAUUAUUCAAUGUUAUCGAUACGUUUUCUUGGUAUAUUCAGGAAUUGCCUUGAUUAAAUUUGGUUUAAUGAUGGGAUUAUCGGAAAAAUGUGAAAUACACCAAAAAAAACAUGCCUCCAACAACAACAACAACAAUAACAACAACAAUAACAACAAUAACAACAACAAUAACAACAAUAACAAUAACAAUAAUAAUAAUGAAGCCUCACUUUUAUUGGAAACAGAUUCUGUCGAGUCAGAUGACUUGGAUAAUACAUCAAUUUUAUCAACGGGAACAAAGAUAUCUAAAUUAUCAAACAUUUCCAAAUAUUACCUUCCUCGAUUAUUAUGUAUUUUCAUGCUUGAUUCAUUAGGUUAUGGAUUCAUGCCUAAUGCAUGGAUAGUUUAUUAUUUAAAAAUCACAUUUGAAUUAACUGCCAGUAGUCUUGGAAUAUUAUUUUUCAUAACCAAUUCUGUUGAUUCAAUUUCUUCAUUACCUUCAGCUUAUUUAUCGAAAUUAAUUGGUCCCGUUAAAACCAUUUUAUUUACCCAAAUCCCAUCAGCAAUUUUUUUUGGAUUAACAAUUAUUCCAUCAAAUUAUCCAUUGGUGGCCAUAUUAUUAAUAUUAUAUUUCACUACUUCAACUAUGGAUGUUGUUCCUAGACAAGUAUUAUUGACUUCAAUUAUGCCAAAACAAGAUAUAACUAAAGUUAUGGGGAUAGUAAAUAUUGGGAAAACUUUGGCUCGUUGUAUUGGACCAAUAAUAACGGGGAAAUUGGCAAGUAUUAAUAAAUUAUAUGUUGGGUUUAUUAUUAAUUCUUGUUGUGUAUUGUUGGCUGAUAUGAUUUUGGCAAUUAAUUUCUUACAUUUAGAUGAAGAAAUAUUAUUAAAACAAAGUAUAAUUCAAGAAAUUGAGUAA